AUGUAUUCUUCUUCAUCAGACAGCAGCUCCGACGAUGACACGGAGGAUGAGACCGAUGUGCGCCAAGCACAGAAAGGCGCCCAAGCACCCCGCAAGAGACCACAGAUAUUACCACGUUCGAGCGACCAUGAGGACCAGGCAGAUCGCAAGCGCGCCCAACGCGGACAAUCAUAUUCGCGUUUCAAAAUGGCCAACAAAGACUUUCAGAGCAGCGGAAAGGUUUCAAAGAGAGACGGGAGAUUGAACAUCUCCAUCAAUGAGACGGCCAACAAUGGAUAUCUCGCGAGAGCACUGGGUCAGAGCCUGCGACAUCAUCUGGACCUCCCCAAUGCGAAGAAGUCGAGCAAGCAACAGCGCUACGCCGGCGACAAUGCGAAAUCGUCGAAAGGCGCCGUCGGGACGGAUGCGGAUGCUGUGGCCGCCUCGUCACAAGAGGACGCGCCUCGACCUCGCCUGAAUAUUGUCAUCAUCAUCAUCGGCAGUCGAGGCGAUAUUCAACCGUUCAUAAGGAUCGGGCAGAUCUUGAAGCAAGACCAUGGGCAUCAUGUCCGGUUGGCGACGCACGCUACUUUUCGCGAUUUCGUCGAAGAGGCUGGAUUGGAAUUCUUCAGCAUCGGCGGUAACCCAUCAGAACUCAUGGCCUUCAUGGUCAGGAACCCCGGCCUGAUCCCAUCACUGUCGACCAUCCGAGAAGGCGAAGUUGCUCGCCGGCGAGAGGCCAUGGGGUUGAUGUUCGAGGGCAUGUGGCGCGCCUGCACUAACAUACGCGAUGGCGAGACGGACGAGCAUAACCUCAAACUCAUGAACCAAGACCACCCCUUCGUCGCCGACGCCGUCAUCGCCAACCCGCCAUCGAUGGCGCCACCGCACAUCGUGGAGCGCCUGGGCAUUCCUCUUUUCAUGGCUUUCACUUUCCCAUACACCCCGACCCAGCAUUUCCCCCACCCCCUCGCCAACAUCCGGCCGGGCCGCUCAAACGUCGAUACGAGCUACGUCAAUUUCAUGUCAUACCCCCUCGUGGAAAUGAUGACAUGGCAAGGACUGGGCGAUGUCGUCAACCGAUUCCGCGCCAAAACUCUCCGGUUGGAACCCGUCAGCGCACUCUGGGCCCCUGGCGCGCUGUACCGCAUGAAGGUCCCCUACACGUACAUGUGGAGCCCCGGUCUGAUCCCGAAACCCAGCGAUUGGGGCCCGGAGAUUGACAUUACGGGGUUCGUCUUUCUCGACCUGGCGUCCAAUUUCAAACCUCCCCAGGAUUUGGCCGACUUCCUCGCGGCGGGCCCGCCGCCGGUGUAUAUCGGGUUCGGCAGCAUUGUCGUCGAUGAUCCGGCCGAGUUCACCAAGAUGAUCUUCGAGGCGGCGAAACUGGCCGGCGUGCGGGCGCUGGUGAACAAAGGCUGGGGUGGUCUCGGCGACGGCGAUGAUGUCCAGGUCCCGGACAACGUCUUCAUGCUGGAGAACACGCCGCACGACUGGCUGUUUCCCAAGGUCGCGGCGGUCGUUCAUCAUGGUGGAGCGGGGACCACAGCCAUCGGGCUGAAGUGCGGAAAACCCACGAUGAUUGUGCCGUUCUUUGGCGAUCAGCCGUUCUGGGGAGCCGAAGUGGCGAAACAUCAGGCCGGUGCUCUGGAAUGCAUCCCUUAUAAGAAAUUGACGGUCGAUCGUCUCGCGGAGGGCAUCAAACAGUGCUUGACGGAAGAGGCACAGGUCAAUGCCAAGCGAUUGGCGGAGGACAUCAACGCAGAAGGCGAUGGUGCCGCGAACGCAGUCGCGAGCUUCCACCGGAGCCUGCCAUUCUCUGGCCCGAACAGCAUGCGAUGUUCCAUCCUGGAGGAUCGGGUUGCGGUCUGGCACGUCCGGGGCACCUCGCUACGUCUUUCGGCAGUCGCCGCAGAGAUCCUCCUGCAGAAACGCAAGAUCAAACGCCAUGAUCUCAAGCUCCUCCGACAUUGUUCCUGGAACGACUUCGACGGACCUGGUGAGCCCAUCACCGGAAGUGUCGCCGCCAUCACGGAUUCGGUCUUCGAUAUCGGGACCGGCGUGGGGAUGGUCCCGUUGCGAGUGGCGAAACAGAUCAGGAAGCAAAAGGCUCAUGAGCAUAAAAAGCGACAGGCGGCGAUUCGCAAAGCUGAACAUCGCCGGAAGAAGGAUGCCGCUCGAGCAGCGGAGGCCAAUGCCGAGCUUGAGCGGCAAAAUGCCGAAAAGGCCAAUGGGGACGCACAUCCACCCGCCGAGAAUGCGGAGCCGAGCGAUUCGCGGCCUUCCAUCCAACGCGAGCAGACGGCAUCGACCCAACUCUCCGUCAUCUCCACCGAGGGCCCGGAUGUACCACUACCCACCGCGAUCGUGACCGAAGUCCGUUCCGGUCUGAGGAAAUCUGCCAUCGCUCUUCUCACCAUGCCUAACGACCUCCAUCUCGCCGUCGCCCAAGGCUUCCACAACGCCCCGCGCCUUUGGGGCGAUGCCACCGUCCGGAAACCAACGCGCAUCACGGGGAUCAAAUCCGGCCUCAUCGCGGCCCGUCGCGAAUUCGUCUACGGCGUCUACGACGGCUUCACAGGCGUCGUCACCCAGCCCAUCGGCGGAUGGCGCGAUGCCUCCGCAACCGGGGCCGGCCUCGCACGCAAACUCGGCGGCUUCGGCACCGGCAUCGCCAAAGGCCUCGGCGGCCUCGUGGUCAAGAACGUCUCGGCCAUCAUCACCCCGCCGGCGUAUUUCAGCAAGGGCGUGCUCGUGUGGACCGGCAAGAGGAUGGAGGGCGAGGGCACGAAGAAAUUCCUCCGCCGCAGCCAUUUCACCGUCGGCUUCGUCGAGCUCCUGGACCUGAGGAAC